AUGACGGUCAUUAACGACGCCCCCUCUCGCUUUGUCAUUCGUCCGCUUGACGUGUCACAUAUUGAAUGGGUUUCCGCCAUUUUUGCUCACUCUCAUCUCUUCCACAACAAGGCAUGGCGUGGCUGGCUACCAGAAAAGAACCUGACGGCCCUGGCGUACGAGGUCCUGGGAACGUCCGACUACCUGAUGCGCCACCAACUGGAAUCCGGCUACUCUCUGGGCAUGUUUGACACGGAAUACCAAUUCAAAAACCCGGCAUCGGCCCCGAACGGCGGCAAACUCUGGUGGGAUCCCCAAGACCCCCAUGCCGACGGCCAGCGACUGCUCGAGCAGAUGGACUUCCCCCUCGUGUCCAUUGCCCUGGCCUACGACAGCAUCCACCCGCUCGACCCGGCCGGCAUGGCGCCCCUGCUGGUCUCGCUGCCGCCGACAAAAGACAUUUUUGGCAUCCUGGCCGCGCUGGACCCGCGCGACCCAGCGACGUGGCAGGCCACCGGCCCCGGCCAGGUCCUAUUUCGCAACGCCACUAACACGCGAGCCGACUAUGAAGGGCUGGGUCUCAUGGCCAAAAUGGCCCGGGAGAUGAUGUUUAGGUCUGCCGAGCAAGGGUUCCGGGCUAUACAGAUUGAGUGUAUGAAUAAUCCCGUCACUCACGUUUGGAGCCACCCUCCUCCUCCAUUCAAGGGCGAGGUGAUUUCCGAAUUUCAAACAAAAACGUACGAGGAAAAGGAUGAGAACGGCAAAAUGGUUGCCAAGCUAGGAUUGGCAGACCAGAGGAUGACAAAGUGUUACGUGACGCGUAGGUAG